CUGUCACGAUUUGGGUCGCUCCCACAGGAGGACACCGACCGUCUGAGUCCAGCCUUAUCCGAGGUGCUCACCAGAGGAGACGGUGCACCCUGGGAGGAGAGACGCUGGACUGAGAACUCGGGAUUUGUCCUCCUGUCGGUGUCGGUGAGGAGAGGAGAGGGAAGGAGAGGGAAGGAGAGGAGAGGAGAGAGGGGGAUCUUCAGUGCUGGAACCACCAGCCGCCUUUCUUCUGUCGGGGCUGCGGUAAAAGUCGUUCACGAUGCCGGUGUUUCACACCAAGACCAUUGAGAGUAUCCUGGAGCCGGUGGCCCAGCAGAUCUCCCACCUGGUCAUCAUGCACGAGGAGGGGGAGGUGGACGGUAAAGCCAUCCCGGAUCUGACGGUGCCGGUGGCCGCGGUGCAGGCGGCGGUCAGCAACCUUGUACGGGUGGGGAAGGAGACGGUUCAAACCACCGAGGACCAGGUGAUGAAGAGAGACAUGCCUCCUGCGUUCAUCAAGGUGGAGAACUCGAGCUCUAAGCUGGUCCAGGCGGCUCAGAUGCUAAAGGCCGAUCCCUACUCUGUGCCCGCUCGAGAUUACCUGAUCGAUGGAUCCAGAGGGAUCCUGUCCGGGACGUCAGACCUGCUCCUUACCUUUGAUGAAGCAGAGGUGCGUAAGAUCAUUCGGGUGUGUAAAGGGAUCCUAGAGUAUCUGACGGUAGCUGAGGUGGUGGAGACCAUGGAGGACCUCAUCACUUACACCAAGAACCUGGGACCAGGGAUGACCAAAAUGUCAAAGAUGAUUGAGGAGAGGCAGCAGGAGCUGACGCACCAAGAACACAGACAGAUGCUCGUCAACUCCAUGGGCACUGUCAAAGAGCUGCUGCCGGUUCUAAUAUCAGCUAUUAAGAUUUUUGUAUCAACUAAGACCAGUCGCGGUGCCGGUGUUGAAGAGGCAGAGAUGAACCGGAGAUUUACCUUUGAAAAGAUGAGCGCUGAAAUCCACGAGAUCAUAAGAGUCUUACAGCUCACUACAUGGGAUGAAGACGCCUGGGCCAAUAAGAAGGAUAUGGAGGCUUUGAAGAGAUAUUUGGCUUUGAUUGAGUCAAAGAUGGCACAAGCUAAAGGCUGGCUCAAAGACCCCCAUGGACAACCAGGAGACCCCGGUGAGGUCGCCCUGCGUGUGAUUCUGGAUGAAGCUGGCAAGGUGGGAGAGCUUUGUGCCGGAAAGGAGAGGAAAGAUAUACUGGCAACCAGUAAGGCUCUGGGACAAAUGAGUGACCAGGUUGCAGAUCUACGAGCCAGAGGACAGGGCCCGACCCCGGGGUGUGUGCAGCGUGCAGGCCAGUGCUCGCAGGGCUUGGACUUGUUAUUCGGCAAAGUGGACAAUGCUGCUCGUAGACUGGAGGCUCUAAUCAAUGCCAAGCAGUCCAUAGCCAGGAGGCUGGACGCUGCACAGGCCUGGCUGGCUGAUCCUAACGGCGGUCCUGAGGGGGAGGAGAACAUCAGAGCGCUACUCGCAGAAGCCAAACGCAUCGCCGAUCUCUGUGAAGACCCCAAAGAGAGGGACGACAUCCUGCGCUCCAUCAGCGAGAUCGCAGGCCUCACCGCCAGACUGGUGGAGCUACGCAGACAGUUUAAACAGCAACGUCAUGUCAUCAAUAGAUGGCAUAUUCUACCUGCCUGGAAAAUAUGUUGUUGCCUGUCGACCAUAGGCAUGAGUCCUACAAUAAGGGGUAAAGGGGACAGCCCGGAGGCCCGUGUAAUGGCAAAGCAGAUCGGAGCAGCGCUGCUGAACUUGCAGUCCAAAACCAACCGCGCUGUGGCCAACAUGAGACCGGCCAAACCUGAUGUCACCCUGGAGGGCAAGAUGGAGCAGGCCCUCCGCUGGGUGAGCAACCCCGGAGUGGAAGACAGAGGAGUAGGUCAGGCAGCGAUCAGAGGGAUGGUGGGAGAAGGAAAGAGGCUGGCAGGAGGCUUGAUAGGCCCGUACCGGCAGGAUAUGAUUGGACGCUGCGACAGAACAGAAGGUCUAAUGACAAAUUUGGCAGACAUGGCUGGCAGGGGCGAGGCUGAGGCUCCGCAUGCACGAGCUACUGCCGCACAACUGCAGGACAGCCUCAAGGACCUGAGGCGGCACAUGCAGGAGGUGAUGACCCAGGAGGUAUCGGACGUUUUCAGUGACACCACCACCCCUAUCAAACUGCUGGCUGUGGCUGCAACUGCUCCCCCUGAGGCCCCUAACAGAGAGGAGGUUUUUGAAGAGCGUGCAGGGAACUUUGAGGCCCAUGCAGGCCGUCUGGGGGCGACCGCAGAGAAGGCUGCUGCUGUGGGAUCAGCCAAUAAGAGUACAGUAGAGGGGAUACAUGCUGCUGUGAAACAUGCCAGGGAUCUCACACCACAGGUGACCACGGCUGCUGUGAUCUUGUUGAAAAAUCCUGGGAAUAAAGCCGCAUACGAGCACUUUGACACCAUGAAGAAUCAGUGGAUUGACAAUGUAGAGAAACUCACUGGUCUGGUUGACGAGGCCAUCGACACCAAAUCUCUGUUGGAUGCUUCUGAGGAGGCUAUAAAGAAAGACAUCGACAAGUGCCGAGUUGCCAUGGCGAAUGUUCAGCCCCAAAUGCUUGUUGCCGGGGCAACAAGCAUAGCAAGACGAGCCAAUAGGGUCCUGUUGGUGGCUAAGAGGGAAGUGGAAAACUCUGAGGAUCCGCGGUUCAGAGAUACGGUGAAAAACGCAUCAGACAUCCUCUCACACACCAUCUCUCCCAUGGUGAUGGAUGCUAAAGCCGUGGCUGGGAACAUACAAGAUAAAGCUCUGCAAAAGGCAUAUUUGGACUCUUGUCUGAGGAUCCUGGCUGCAGUCGGAAAAGUUAGAGAAGCCUUCCAACCUCAGGAGCCCGACUUCCCUCCUCCCCCACCUGACCUGGACCAGCUCCAUGUGAGUGAUGAGCAGGCGCCACCUAAGCCGCCCUUGCCAGAGGGCGAAGUGCCCCCCCCUCGGCCCCCGCCUCCGGAGGAGAAGGACGAGGAGUUCCCAGAGCAGAAGGUUGGGGAGGUGCUCAGCGAGCCCAUGAUGGUGGCCGCCCGGCAGCUGCACGACGAGGCCCGCAAGUGGUCCAGCAAGCCUGUGGAGGAGGAGGCAGUAGAGGAGAGAGAGGUUUAUGAUGAAGAUGAGUUUACUGAUGGUGAGGAUGACUAUGAGCCAGAACUGCUGAUGAUGCCCUCCAACCAGCCUGUCAAUCAACCCAUGCUGGCAGCUGCCCAGGCUCUCCACCAGAUGGCGCGCAAGUGGUCCAGCAAGGGUAACGACAUCAUCGGUGCAGCCAAGCGGAUGGCUCUGCUAAUGGCAGAAAUGUCUCGGCUGGUGCGUGGUGGAAGUGGGAACAAACGAGCGCUGAUUCAGUGUGCUAAGGACAUUGCCAAAGCGUCCGAUGAGGUGACGAGACUGGCUAAGGAAGUGGCCAAGCAGUGCACUGACAGACGCAUCAGAACUAACCUGCUGCAGGUGUGUGAACGAAUCCCUACCAUCAGCACGCAGCUGAAGAUCCUCUCUACUGUCAAAGCCACCAUGCUGGGACGAACAAACAUUAGUGAAGAUGAGUCAGAGCAGGCCACAGACAUGUUGGUGCAUAACGCCCAGAAUCUGAUGCAGUCGGUGAAGGAGACGGUCAGAGAAGCAGAAGCAGCCUCCAUCAAGAUCCGCACAGAUUCAGGAUGCACCCUUCGCUGGGUGCGCAAGACCCCCUGGUACCAAUAAUCCAACCUGCUCACUGAAACUGUUAAACUUAGCUCUGAUAGCACACCUCGGGUAAAGGUAGCAAUACUCAUCAUGAGUAAACGUGCACUUAUUCAAAGAGGAAACUGAUGAUAGGUACCAUGCAGAUUUAUUCAAUCGAGUUCAGCUUUGCUCUCCAGCUCUCUUUAUCUGUAACUGUGGAAUCACGUAGGCUUAUCUGUGACAGUUUAUAAUAUAUAUUUUUGGUAUGUUGUGUUACAAGAGUAGGUAUAUAUUUUUUGCAUGGACAUUUUUCUAUUUUCUAAAGGCAAAUUAUGACAUUAAGAUACUGAUCUACUAGAAGACAUUUACUUUUAAUUCAGUUCUUUCAGUGAGAGUUUCUUAUUGUCUAUUGUACAUACAGUCAUUAUUUGUUUAAUGGACACUCAGCUAGGAGCUUUAUACACUGAGUUUGACACUAAAGUGUGGAGUCUUGUGUUGGCCGCUGAGCUCUCCUCUCUUCAUGUUUACGUUAAUAACACUGUUCUUAACUCAAGAAUAAUUCAAAGGGGAAACAUCAUCACUGCUGUCCGGUGAUUUUUAUACUUGAAGAACUAAAAAGGUCUUCUGGAUUAAAGUGUUAGGACUUAUAGGCAAAUGAUACCGUUUGAAAAAUGAUUGUAUAUUUAAAAAAAUGUAUGGUUGUCAAUAACUAAUGUUGAUUGCAGGAAGGUUUACACUCAGUUGAUAAGAGGUUUUCACAUGAUAUUUGCUGCAUGAAUGUCAGUAAGGGGAAGGAAGAGGUGAGUUGAGAUGUUUUUAAUGUGUGUUUGAGUUCUUUGUUUAACCUUUAUUCAACUUUAACAGUGAAUAAUGCCAAAGGAUUUGUUUUACAUGACUGUAAGCUUCAUAUAAUCUAUUACAAUUCAGGUUCUUGCAAAUAUCAAAACAGAACUUUUUCUUCUGAGGUACUUUUUGAGGUCUGUUAUUUUUUCUUAGCAAAACAAAAAGAGUAUUUUCUUCUUUUUUUUUUAAACUAAUUGUGGUGCUUUGUUUCUUUACUCUCUCUGUAACAGUUGAACUGUUUGGGUAGUUUAUUCAAAAUUCAAAUAUCAAAACAAGUCAUUUUAAAAGCCAUCAACCUCCUGCAUUUAGAUUUCUCUCCAUGUGUGAGCUCAGUAGUCCCAUCCUAAAUGCUCUGAAGCAUAAUCUGCACACACUUAACCCCGGUGGUUUAAGAACAAAAAACGUUAUAUUUGAUUAUCAGGCAGUGAUGCCAGUGUUUUUUAUUUGUUGUACGUUUUUGUCUGGAAUAAUUACACAGCAGACUAUUAAUUUAUGAUUGGUAACUCAAUAUUAAACGCAAUCAAUUUGAUUAAUGAAUACAUAAUUUCAUUUGCAACAGUAAUUCAUCAAGUUUUAUUGCACACUUUUACAAUGGCUGGGUAAAUUCAACUAUUAAAUGGAGAAUCUGUAUGCGUGUGUAUGAGUGAAGCCUCUUCACUUUAUCAGUAUUAGUAAGCCGUCCCCGUGAUGGUUAGUCAGGGCUCUACAUGUUAACCACAUUUUCCUCUUUAUUUGGCCCUACUGAGCAUGUAGCAGUCACUGAUUCACAACAGGGUGAACUUCUGUGUGUACUUGAUGUCUUUACACCCUGAAUGUACUCUGAUAGCUUCUCGCCCUGCCAACACAUCUGCUGUGCCUUGGAAGAAUAAAAGACUAAUAAUGAUGAA